CUUCAGUGGAGGCUUUUCCAGGAUUUACAAAGAGCUUGUUGGGGUCCCAGAAAUAUUUUAGGUUUUCUCAUUUUUUUAGGCAAAUACUAGCCAAAUAUUUUUUUUCAAAGGCAGAUCCUAGCUUUACUGGUCAUAUGCCUCAGAGCGCAUGCGUGACGGUUUCACCUUUUGUUGACCUGUUAAUGCAUCCUGAAUAAACAAUCUUGGACACUACAGCCGCGCAACACUAAAACUUAAUUACAUUAUGCCAGAAAAGGACAACUCUCCCCAGACGGAAGUCUUCCCUGCUAUCAGAUUUAAAGCUCUUGACUAUGUUUUUGAGGCCAGCACCAGUCUGAAAGUCAUGAUGAACCUGCUGGCUCUACCAACACCUUACCUGACAAGUGCCAGUGACCUGUAUCCACAUAGUGGAAAGCUGCUUGAAGACACCUACAGGAAACCGUGGGUCAGAGGACAGGUGAUCUCCACUUGCAGACUUAAUGUCGGUGGCUCUCUCCUUGAUAAUCUGAGAGAAAAAAAUCCACCAGUAAAUUCAACAGAAAGAUUUGAUGUGAAAGAUGAGGUGGAGGUGAUACCCAGCUCUAAUCCUGACUCACUUCAGGAUUUAGAUGAAGAUUUGUAUGUUCCCCUUUUAAAAGACUCACAGACUGACGGUCCAUGUCAGGAAUCGUUUUUUAAGCAGACACCUGACGAGAUCAAGGAUAAGAGUGAAGACCUCUUCUUGCCCGAAGAGCUCAUUCCAGUCGAUCACCUGGCAGAGUUUAAGAGACAUUUGCCUACACUGAGAGUCAAGUUGUCCAGAUUGAGGAUGCUUCCUGUAGCUGACCCGCUGCUGAGCUCAUCGGGAAAUCCCAUCUCAGAAGACAACAUGUUCAGCUGUUUCAAGCACUGUGCAUCUUAUGAAAAACCGGCAGAUGUGGACACCACUAAUGUUCAGACAUGCGUAGACAUUCAAGAGGAGUUUGUUAAACAGCCACUCACGAAUGGAGAGUUUCUGCUGUUGCCUGCUGUAGUGGAGACUCUUCAGCUAAGCACAGAAAAUUUCACAAGGUUUUCAAGCAUCUGCAGUCAUGUGAAUGUUUCCACUGAGCUGAUGGACGAGGAGAUUCCAGUCCUAGAUGUGCUUCAAAAAGCUUCCCUUUCAAAUCCUUCGGUGGAUAUUUCCAAGUUUGAUGUACCAGAUGAAGCCAGUGAAGAAACCAAGAUGAAUGGAGGCCUGAUUGAGUCAGAUUUUGCAGGAUGUGCGGUGCUUCCCACUGAAAUGGAGCUGGAGUUGACUCUCACCCCGACUCCCCUGAAAAGUCAAACUGACAUCUGUCUGUCCACCUCUGAGCUCAAGAAGGAAGAGAUGUCUCCUUGUUGCAGAAUAUCUUUGGUGUCGCCGAGAGCUCAGAAAGAGAUGAAGGCGGUACUUUGGAAGGCAGAGAAGCACCUGAACUUUGUGGUGGGCUUUCUGUUGUCAGAGCCUCAAAUGUAUGAACCAGCUGUUGACUUCCAGCCUCUGUGGGAAGCCUUAAAAGUUAUCAAACUAGAGAAAGAAAGUUUCAUAAGCGCUGCUGACAAACUGCAGUCCGAGAUGGAGACGGGAGUCCCGCAGUUAUCUUUGUGCUGCUGCGACUUCACAGAGAGUAUGAAGUCUGACCUUCCCUCCAUCAAAGAUGAAACUGGAGAAGACUUAAGUAAACUGCCACCUGAACAUGUGGAGGUCGACUCCUUUCUAUUGAGCACCACAGCUGAAACUCUUCUCCAAAAGAAAACCACUGUUGAUUCAUCUCCGAAUGCCUCCCAGAUGCCUGCGUUCAACACAGUGAAUAAAGAUGUAAAAUCAGCUCCUGUCACCAGCACCAAAUAUGAUAUUGGUGGCAAGACGUUUUCAGAAGUUGCAAGCUGGUCUUCAGCUCAUAAAAAAGACAUCAGCAGACAAGGACAUGACUGUCAGAUGGAGCUGAGUGCAAACAUUUCUGAGGAGGCUGUCGCCUCCACACUGAAUACUAGAGAUGAUGACAGAGGUUUGCUGUUGGCAAGAAAUCCACCAGAGCUGGACCUUGACCCCCUGGCCACCUUCAUGAUGCUUAGGUCUCAGCAGAUCGCUCCUGUUUCUGCAUCACCUCAGAGCUCAGGCAGCACUGCAGCACGUGGGGUGAACCACCAAGCACUAUUAUCAGAGCUGCAGCCUUCUCCAGUGCAGAGUCAAACACUGGACGUGAGGCCAGGAAAUUCAAACAGAGAGGAAGAACCUGCUAAUCAGUGGAUGGGUCAACUCAGUGGAAAAUCACAGCAAAGACGGGACAGCCAAGUAGUUAAGAUCAAACCUACAGACAGCCAGCAGCGAGCCUACUGUGAGCUGCUGGCCUUCGCUCAGCCUUGUCUGAGCUCUGCCAGACAGCUGGGGCUCAACUUCCCAGGAUGUGGAGACUUCAGCAGCCUGGCACCAGACCAAACUCACUUCCUUCUCAAACAACAGGAGAGAGCACUCUGCAGGGUCCCUGCACAGACUGCAGAACUGAUCAAAGAUCAGGAAGCGCUUUUCAACCUUGCAGCUCUGAUUCAUGUGCUGGUGACAUUUAAGGAGCUGCUGCUGAAGUGCGACCUCAGUACGGGUUUGGAGUACCUGACAAAGGCAGCUAAGGGAUGUGCAGAGCAGAGUCUGCAGCAGCUGCUGAAGAGGCUGCACAUCAUCCUCUACCUCAGUCAGAAAAAUCAGGAGUCCAGCCUCAAACUGCAGGAGCUCCAGCACCGGGUGGCUGAGUGGCUGAACAGCAGUAAAGGACAGAACACCACAGAUAAAAUUCUUGUUAUCGUAUCAGUUCACUGUGAUAGUAGCAGAUCAACAAUAAUCAACAGCUUGAACCAGGUGACAGGCGCGACUGCAGUUUGUCCGGAGCAGGACAAGAUAAAGCUCAAUGGUGCAAGUGUAGUCAGCAGCAUGCAUGAUAGUGUGUGCGUGGUGGUGUAUGAACAGGAUAUUGGCCCCGACUUCCCCUGGACCUGUUUCUCUCUAGUCGUGGAGUACGACCAUCCGGGCCAGUCUCCAUGGUCUGCAAUCUGUAGGGAGAGGAGCAUCAACCACUUAACGUUCAACACCACCGUCUCUGAUGCAGAGAAUAUCUUGUGGUGCCUGGAGGACAACGUGCCGUAUGUGUUGUUUGUGACGGAGGGACUUAUUAACUAUCCACUGCUACUGCAAACACUCGAGUCAGAGUUCAAUGUGAUGGUGCUGGAGAGGAGCCACUGUCCCUCCCUGAAGAGGCUCGGAGGGAUCCACAAUUACACUCUCAUCACAGUGGAUGAAAGCACCGCCAUCGUCAUUCAGCUUCAGGAAGAAGCAUGUUUGUCACAGUUCCCUUGCAUUAACCCCCUGGUUGGACAGCUGAUGCUGAGCAGAGUGCCAUCCUUUGAGUGGCUCCUGGGGGCCUCAUUGUGUCAGCUGAAGGAGCUGCUUCCUGAGGUGCCACAUAAAGUGCUAAAGCUCUUCAGUGACACGACCUCCCUGUAUCCACUGGCAGCAGAUCCAAAAGACCGUCAAACUUUGACCACUGAGACAAACCAACAAAGCAGCUCACAGACUCACACUGGGGAUUAUGAAUGCAUGAAGUCCCCCCAUCCAGACCUUCUCUGUAGCAACCAGAACACUAGCUUCCUGUUCGAGACUCCACAGGAGAGCUUCUACCCAAUAUUCGAGGAUGGCAACUCAGAUUUCAAACUUGAUCUGAGUGAUACUUUUGGCAGUUCAGAUGUUUGUUUCCAGGGAAGUUGGAACAUCAAUGAUCCAUGGAGAGAGGAUGGGAAGAUCUCUGGCUGGAGGAGCAUAGCUGGAGCAGUGGGGAGGGUUGUUGAAAGAUCAGUCAAUGAGUGGACACACAAGACUCCGCUAAACUAUUACACCACUUCUUCACACCCUGCUGACAGCCCACUCAAACUGGACUCUACCUUCAGUUACAGUACCAACCUGCAGCAGCCAGCCAGCCCCCAAACGUCCACAUACCCUACACUCUACAAGGACUUUAAUUCUCCCAUUCAGCACAUCACCUACAGUCUUAGCACACCUACAGGUAUCCUGUGGGGUCAUGAUCACGUUGGUGGAGGGAUGACAUCACUUUUAGCCAACUACGGCUCCAGAUGCUGGGCAGGACAGGAGAGGAAGAGGAACAGAGAGGCUGCAGGCUUGAUUGGAUCAGUGUUGUCACCAUCGAAGAAGGGAAGGCUGAGCUAUGAGAGGGUGCCCGGCAGAGGUGAUGGACAGACGAGGCUUAAAUUGUUUUAGAAAAGAAUCGGAGAAGGAAUAAAAAAAUAUUAAAAUGCAUUAAAACAUUAAAAGUUCAGUCAUGGCAUA